AUGCAAUAUUGCUGCUAUAGCCUUAAGACUAACCGUACCCCAAUCAAACAAGAACAGAAACUAGAUGAACGCCUUCACCCGGGCACUACAGUCCAUCGCGGUACCCGGUUCAUCCUCCCAUCUAUUGGCCUUACUGGCGCACCAUGCCAAUGUCUGGUUGGAUCCCAUAUCGUCAUAUGGUACCAUACUCGGCCAAGGCAGCUGACCAGGUUAUCCUCCGAGUCUUCCUCCCUUCAUGCACAGCCUCCACGCUGCCAAUCCGGUUGGGCUCUGACGUGCGAGAAUGCGCUUGACUACACCUUCCUAAACAACAUGUGGUUAGACACGCCACAUGUUCUCAGUACUUAG